UGGAAUCGUUCCUGAAGAGCGAGAAGAGCGAUGAGCAAGCUGCGGGGUCGGCAGCAGCGUCGCAUCGCCAAGGAGCUUCAGCAGCUGCUGCUCGCGUGCAAACCCAGCGAGCUGCUGGCGCCGCGAUGGGCCGAGCCCCCGCACCUCCGCGCGCUAUCGGUCGCCUCCGCCACCCUCACCAGCCUCGACCUCGGCGACGCCACGACAGACGUCAUUUCACUGCUGGACAGCGGCCUGGCCGCGCUUCCGCCGCUGCCUUUGCUGCGAAGCCUGUCGCUGCGCCGCUGCACGGCCGUGACCGACGCCGGCGUGUCGAAUCUCACGUGCGCCAAGUUCCCCUCGCUCACACACCUGGACCUCACCAGCACACGUGUGGCCGGCGCCAGCGGCUUCGCAUCACUGGCCGGACAGCUGCAGUCGCUUGUGCUGCUGCGCUGCCGCGCCUUCGGAGACGCGGGGCUUCGCGCCGUGUGCGAGCAGCAGGCGGGCUCGCUGACGUCGCUGGUGCUAUGCGGCAGUGGCGUGCCGGCAACAGGGGUGGCGCUGUGGUGCCUUCAGCCGGCGGCGCGGCUGCAAAAGUUGGAUCUGGGACCCAGCUGGGAGCUGGACGGCGAGGGACUGGCGGCGCUGGCGUGCUGCCCUGACCUGCGGGAGUUGCGACUGGGCAACUUCCACCUCGUACCCGCACGGCUGCCAGCCGACAACAACGACAACGGAGCAGGCGGCAAUGCCGGUCUUCCCCUGCCAGGCGGUGCCGCCGCUGCCGCCGCCGCGGCCAACGCGGUCGCUGCGGCCGGCGCCGCGGCGGUGUGGCUGCCUGCAGACCAACUGGCGGCGGCCGCCGCCGCCGCCGCGGCGGCGGCGGAGCGGCAGCCCUGGAUGCCAACGCCAGCGGCACGGCCGCUGGAGCGGCUGCGUGUGCUGCGGCUGGGGGGCAUGUUCGCGCAGCACGGCCUGCGGCUCAUCCUGCCGCGCAUGCGGCGGCUCGUCACGCUGGAGCUGUCGGGUCUCAGCACAGCACGCGACUCAGUGCUGGUGGAGCUGGUGAAGGCGGCGGAGGGCGCGGCGAGCGCGAGCAAGACGAAGCAGAGCGGACGGCAAGCGCAGGGGCAAGGCCAAGGGCAGGGGCGGCCGCAGGAGCAGGGGCAGCUGCCGAGUCGCCAGGGCUCGGUGGACAGCAACGGCAGUGGCGGCGGCGGCAGCGUGUGCAGCCCGCGCAGCGGCAGCGGCUACAGCAGCGGCAGUAGCAGCUGGGGCCGCGGCGAGGACGAGGAGGAGGACGAGGAGGAGGAGAUGGAGGCGGCAGCAUCUGAUGGCAGCAGCGGAAUGCUGCGAUUGCAGGAGCUGCGGCUGGUGUCUGCCGGCCCCGACCUCACCGCCGCCGGGCUGCUACAGCUGGCGGCGCUGCCGCGCCUGAAGCGCCUGUCGCUUGUGGCGUGCCCCUGCGCCACAGAGCCCGCAGUGCAGCAGCUGGUGGCGGCGGUGCGCGGCCGCCGCGACGGCGGCGGCGCCGCGGUGGCAGCGGCGGUGGGCGCUGCUGCUGGCGGCGGCGGGGGCAGUGGUGGAGGUGGUGGUGGUGGUGGCGAGGUACGGCAGCCGCGUCGUCGUCGGCGGCUGAGGCUGGAGGUGCUGGCGCGAGCAAACAGCUCACCGACGGGGUCCGUUGGCGGCGCCGGCGCGGGCGCGGCACAGCCGCAGGCGGAGGCACCUGCUCCGCAAGUGUACAAUAUCUGAAGAAUGUGCUGAAAGAGAUUGUUCGAAGAAGCUUUGCAUGAUGCAGCAGGCUCGGUGACUGCGCUGCUGCUGUGUACAUUUGAGAGUUGAAUGGCUGGAAGAAGUUCGUGCAAGCCGUCGGAAGUUCGUGCAAGCACCGCGUUGGUUGGAGAGGCCAGGGUCCCCAGACCAUCUGAAUCGCCCCACGCCAACCACGGCUGCUUUAGUAUGCUCGACAAGGGCAACGAUGCAUGGUCGAUAUAGUGAUGGGUUUUUACACUCAACACGUUUUACUCUACUCACGCUGGGUGGUAAGCCCUCGGGCCCUUUGAGCACGGGUGAUUCGAGCGACGGCGGGCGUCGAAGAAACAAUAUAGGACAUUAAUGCUUGCUUUGCGUGCGUGUGGCUCGCACUUCCUUGUUGGUUUGCACUGGCAAUCGGCGUGGAAUCUGUACCGGAGGGUUGGUGCGCAGGCGGGGAACCGGUGUGGGUUCCUUGCUGGCGACGUGUGUACACUACAAGAGCGGUGAUUUGGGAGACGAGGGUGUCACAGGUAUUAUCGCAGGGGCGUUCGUAAUGGGGUGUGGUUUCAGGAGGAUGAACGGCGGAGUCGUUGUUGCUAGUAUCAUUGGUGUCAGGCAACGCGGAUGUGCCCUGCGGCCUCUGGGAGUUCCCAGGGGUCACAUACAGGUAUGUGUUGGUGCCGCUGGGAUUGCGGUGGCUGCGGCAGGCUGCGGAUGGGCUUACGUAUGCUGGCAUUGGCGUGCAUUGCUUAGUAUGAAGAACACAAGAGUGUUGGCGGCAGUUGGCGUAGUUUAAAGAGAGAUUCGUCUGGUCAUGAAGGUUGCUGGGCUGACAACCACCAGGCGUGCGCCAGGAACGAUCAGAGCAAUCAGGCCAAUAAAGGACCCCAAAAAGAAAAUUUCAGUUGGAGUGGUUUGUUGCUUUGAGCGAUGGCUGUUGCGGUGAGGAUGUGAGGUUUGGGGUAGGUUUUGGUCGGGAGAGAGCGAGGGGGACCGGGGACCACUUUUGCUGGAGUGCAGGGGAGGCUCGAGUGUGUGCGAGGUGCAUGUUUGACAGCUGAAGACCAAUUGUCGCACGGGUUGGGCCGCCAGAGUUUGGAGGGGUGCUUACAUAUGGAUGUGAUGUAUUAUAGGAGCAUGAUGAUGGGUCGGAGCCUUCGUGAUGGUGUUGUUGGUCGGCGGGCUUGGGGGGCGGGCGGGCAAAGUUCCUGGUGGGCACGUGUCGAUUGUCGAGUGAUGGCCGCGGUUGCUGAGGGCAGCG